UUUUUUCUCUAUUUCUUUUCACCCUCUCUCUCUCUCUCAUAAGUCAUAAACAUAAACACAUCAGAUUUGUUUCAUCCCUUUUUUAGGCAUAUUUCUUUUUCCACCUCAAACCAAAAGGCUCUCUGGGUAUUUUCCAUAUUUGUAAGCAUCCACACUGCAAUAACCUUGAUUUCACAUUCUUGUUUCCACAAAAAUCCACUUAUUUUUGGAAAAUUCUCCCAAGACUUUUUUCUUUGCCACUCCUUCAAAUAGUUAUCCUCACAUAAUUUUCCCCAAAACCACUACCACUCUUUGAAUUUUUCAGUAAAAUUUUGUUUCCCUUUUCCUUUGAGAAGAAGAAAAAUGGUGAGAGGAAAGACACAGAUGAGGCGUAUAGAGAACGCGACAAGCAGGCAAGUGACGUUCUCGAAGAGGAGAAAUGGGCUGCUGAAGAAGGCCUUCGAGCUCUCAGUUCUCUGCGAUGCUGAGGUGGCACUCAUCAUCUUCUCCCCUAGAGGGAAGCUCCAUGAAUUCGCUAGCUCAAGCAUGAACGAGACGAUCCAGCGUUAUCAGAAGCAUACUAAAGAUAGUCAAGCCAACAAUCCCCCUUCGGAGCAUACUAUGCAGCAUUUGAAACACGAAGCAGCCACCAUGAUGAAGAAAAUCGAGCAGCUGGAAACAGCAAAGCGGAAGCUACUUGGUGAAGGUUUAGGCUCGUGCACCAUCGAGGAGCUGCAGCAGCUCGAGCAGCAGCUGGAGCGCAGCGUAACCACCAUUCGCGCAAGAAAGAUGCAAGUAUACAAGCAGCAGAUCGAGCGUUUGAAGGAAAAGGAGAAAGCCCUUUGUGCUGAAAACGCAAUGCUGUGUGACAAGUUUGGACUGCAAAAAUGGGGUGGAGCAGGAUCGAAUGAGGAGAGGGCCGUUGCGCCAUCUGCAGAGAUCAGUGAGGUCUCGGAUGUUGAGACAGAGUUGUUCAUAGGGUUGCCUGAGACGAGGCAUAAGCGCCAUUAGCUAGUAUGUGAAUAAUACUAUAAGUUAUACUGCCUAACUCCUAGCUUUAGUAACUUAUGUAUGUUUAUAUGAAUAUUCUUGCUUUUUUUUAUGCCAAAUUAUAAUUUGCACUUGGAACUGCAA